CGGUGCCAACACAUCGUGCGAAAACGAGGCUCGGCGUCCGCUCGUGUCGAACACUGAUUCGUUCGUCUUCUGAGUCUACCGGCAUUGCAAUCCAGCUUCAUCUGCUAAAAGUACACCAUGAAGUGGAGUGCGUUUUAUAUACUAACAUUACCUUUUUUUGUUUCUGUUUUUUGCAAAGUUAAUCAAGACACAAUUGACAACAAUAUAAUUGUUACGCAAAUGGACAGGAAGAUAGAUAUUGCUUCCCACUUAGUGAAAACUUACACGUCGAUCACAAUCGAAAAUAGGGGUUCCUCUACCGUGAGAUCAUUCCUAUAUGUGGUUGAUCCUUCUCUGCAGACAAAGCUUUCGUUUAUUGGAGCUGUGACUAAAGACAAUAAAGAUGACAGGCUGAAAGUACAGCAGACAACCGUUUCAGGUCAUGAUGACAAGAAAUUCUGGAGGGUGACACUUCCAUCUGGUUUGGAUGCAGGUCGAAGUGUAACUGUUGAUGUGGAGGCUAUUUUUGCUCAUGCAUUGACCCCCUACCCUUCACAAAUAACUCAGGCGGAGAAGCAGAGUGUGGUUUUUGAUGGAAAUCUUUACUUUUACACACCGUACCAAACAGUCUCACAGAAAACUACUGUUGUAACUUCUUCUGCUGUGGUGGAGUCUUACACAAAGACUAAGCCUGUCUCCAUUUCUGACAAUGUCAUCACCUAUGGACCAUUUGAAAACAGAUUACCAUUCAGUGAAGCACCGCUAAGGGUUCAUGAGGAGAACAACGCAGCUUUCUUGACAGUCACCUACCUUGAACGUAUUGUAGAGGUUUCCCACUGGGGCAACAUUGCUGUGGAGGAGCAUGUGGACUUGAGACAUUCUGGAGCUACACUGAAGGGGCCAUUUUCUCGCUUUGACUACCAGAGGAAUCAGGAUGGUGUUUCUUCUGUCAAAUCAUUCAAGACUAUAUUGCCUGCAUCUGCUCGUGAUGUGUACUACCGAGAUGAAAUUGGAAAUAUUUCUACAAGUCACAUGCGAGAGCUGGAUGAUUCUGUUGAACUUGAGUUACGACCUCGCUUUCCACUCUUUGGGGGAUGGAAGACCCAUUACUACAUUGGGUACAAUGUUCCCAGCUAUGAAUAUCUCUACAAUAAGGGAGACCACUAUGCCUUGAAAAUGCGGUUUGUUGACCAUUUGUAUGAUGAUAUGGUCAUCGAUGAAGCCGUAAUUAAGGUCAUUCUGCCAGAAGGAAGCAAAGACAUGAAGGUACGAACGCCAUUUGAUGUAAUACGUGAGGAAGAUGAUGUUCAUUACACUUACUUGGAUACAACGGGUCGUCCAGUUAUUGUGAUGAGAAAGUUCAACCUUGUGGAGCAACACAUCCAAGAUUUUGAGCUGCACUACACAUUCCAGCGCUUCAUGCUUCUUCAGGAGCCACUUCUGGUUGUUGGAGCUUUCUAUCUCCUAUUCCUUGCUGUUAUUGUUUAUGUCCGCCUUGACUUUUCCAUCACAAAGGAUGAAGCUAAAGAGAGUCGCUUGCGAGUGGCUAGCUUGGUGGAGGAAGUGCAGAGUGUUCAAGACAGACGUAGUGCUCUUUACCAAAGCUAUGAUGAUGCAAUCAACCGAUUCAAAACGAGCAAAGACAGUGGUGCAUUCUUGGCCAGCCGCAAGAAGGUAGAUGCUGAUUAUCGUCAGCUGACUACCCAGAUCCACAGCCUUCAGCAGCAGCUGAAGACUGAAGCCCCAGAGAUUGCUGACAAGGUGGCUGAACUGCAGCGACUGGACAGUCAGUACAAGGAGCAGAUAGCCCUGGCCAUAUCCCUGGCUGAAAAGCUGGUUGCCAACAAGAUCUCUCGCCAGCAGUACCUUGAUUCAGAGGGGGGUGUAGCUACAAAGCGUGAGGAAAUCUACCAGAAGAUGGAGGGUGUGAGAGCCACGUUUUAAGUGCAUCCACAGAAGAUCCAUCACCUGCAUCUGUCUGGCAAUAUUUGUUAUUCCAAGAAAGAAAAAUGUCUAGGGUGCAGAAUAAGUUUAAAGGGGUUAUAGUACCAGAUUGCACAUCCUGUCCAAUUUUACACUGACAAUGCUCAGUACUCCCCCUCAUCCCUUUCGCAGGAAAAAUUAGUGUAGGCUAUUGUCUUUUUUUUUUAAAGAUCUGAAUCUGAUUUUGUUCAUACUACUGAAAACUCUUCUCUGCCUUUUUUUUCUUAAUAAUAAUCUAAGAUUUCUAUUUUCACUACUUUUUGCUUACCAGAGGUUUUUUUUUGUUCUGUUAUAAAUUAAAGCAGAUAACUUGAGCACAGGCUAACUUCAUGGCAUUGAAAGUAGCACAUGGUUUUCAGAAAUAAUUUUUUUUAAGCAGUAAGUUUUUGUACUAUUUUGGAGUUAAAUCAAGGGUUUUAACAUCAUGACAGUUUUGUGCCAUAAUCCCAUCAUAUUUGUGUUUAUGUAAACCUGUUGAAGUAAAUGUCUCUUAUAGUA